AUGUCGUGUUCAAAAAUAUUCUUUGGAGAAUUACCUGAAUUAAUAUAUGAAGUUUUAAAGUAUUUUAAGAGUGAUUUUUCAACUUUAUAUUCAUGUAUUUUAGUUAACAGAUUAUGGUGUCGUUUAGCAAUUCCAUUAUUAUGGGAAAACCCAUUUUCAUAUCCUACCAAAAAUUUUAACUUUAUCGAAAUUUACCUACAUAAUUUAAAUGGUGAUUUAAAAACAAAAUUAAAUGAAUAUUUAAUUAAGGAGCAUAUAUUUCGUUCAAAUACGCUUUUCAAUUAUCCUAGUUUUAUAAAGUAUUUGAAUACAUGGAGAAUUAUUUCUUCUAUUAAAGAGUGGUCUAGUAAUGCUUUAAAACCUGAACAUAGAAAUUUAGAUCCAAAUUUUGGAAGAUUAAUUCAAAUGUCACUAUUUAAAAUGUUUAUUGAUAAUGAAGUUAAUUUACAUACUCUUGACAUUGAUAUCCAUUUAAAGUGGAAUUCUUACUAUGAUGAUAUUCUUGAAUUAAUGUCACAAAAUCCAAACUUUAUCCACAAUGUCAGAAAUUUAAACCUUUAUGUUCAUAAUAAUUAUUCAAACACUUUAAAUACUAUUAUAUUAUGUCACGUUAAUUUUGAAGGUAUAAUUAAUCUAGACAAAAUAUUUGAACAAUUAAAUGUUUUAGAAUCUGUUCAUAUCAUUUAUUGUAAUUUUCUAAAUGCUAGUAUUAUUCAACAAAUUAUUAGUUUAACUAAACCAUUUAAAUUAAAAUCUUUAUUUAUAAGUGAAAGAUUCAAAAUUGAUGAAUUAUUAUUAUUAUUAUUGCAAAAUUCUGGUAGUUAUUUAGAAAACUUCGGGUGUACAUUUUGUUUUAAUUAUGGCUUCUCAUUAAAACAACAAAUAUUUGAAUCAAUUAUAAAAUAUUGUAAAAAAAUUAAAUUUCUUGAAUUUGAAGAUCAGAUUACAUAUCCAUUAUUCGAUUUGAUUGAAAAUAUGAAACAAAAUCUUAGUUAUCUUUCAAUCAAUGCAUUUAAUUAUAGCCAAGUAUCAAGUAAUAAUAUUGUAUGUGAUUCAUUUAUAUUACGAAAUUUAGGACAAAUCCUUCCUUUUAAAUUAGAAUAUUUAAAAUUGAGUCUUCACAUUGAAACAUGUGAUUUUGAAGUAUUCUUAAAAAAUACUCAAGAUACUUUCAUUAAGAAAUUGGUGAUCAAUAAUAUAGAUGGACAAGAUAUUUUAUCCUAUAUAAAAGUAUAUAUUAUGAAAAAGAAAAGAGUUAAGUAUUUGGCUAUUAUGAAUCCCUUUAAAAGUACUGAAAACUAUAAUAGUAAUAAGGAAUUGUUUUCAAUGAAAGAUGAAGAGAGUGAUUAA